AUGAACUUAAUAGACCAGAUAUAAUAAGAAGUAAUCUGUUUUACAUAUUUCCAUAGAUUACUACUUACUUUCCUAAACUUACAAAUAAUUUGCAAAAAUUACGACAAUCAACAUAAACAAAAAUAAUUCCAUAACCAAAAACUGCUUUAACAGGAAUUUAAAUUAUUAUAUCUGUAAUUGAAGAACUAUUUGGGUAUUUCUUAUUUAAUUUCUAUUCUAGAAUAUUACAAGAAAUUAAUACUCAAUACGCAUAGUUAGAAGAAUAGUUAUAAAAGUCUGAAGCAGAAUGUCGAUCUCAUAUAAGGGUAUUAAAAUCUAAAAUUACUUUAGACAGAAUAAAGAUUAAAAAUUCAUUGUGAAAAUAUACAAGAGCUCUAUGAAUAAUAAUUAAAUUUAGAGAAAGAUUAUAAAAUUUAAAUAACUGUAUCACUCUUAACAUAUUCUUUAGACUUAUCAAAAAGAGAUUGAAUUAUUAAAGAAAGAUCUCGAAGAUAUUAAAUAUUCAAAAAAUUAGUAACUAUAACAAAAAACUUAAUCCAUUAUAGAUAAAAUUUUAUAGGAUUAAUAGAAAUAAACUAUUCAAUUUGAUGUAAAAUCUAGAUCGAAUACAUUACACAACAAUUUUACAAAUCUCAAUUAAUAAAAAUAAUCUAUUUCUGUUAAAAUGAAUACUAGAAAAAAUAGAUUAAUUACAGAAUAUUAAGAUUGUUAAACUUAGUAAAUAUUUCCAUCAAUUAUUUUUAGUUCUAAAUAAUCUAUAGAUGAGAAAUAGUAUUCAUCUCUUGAGAAAAUUUAAGAAUUAACAACCCUUUACUCUCGACCAAAAUCUAGAGUUUAAGAUAAUAUGAACAAAAAAUCAGUUACUUUGCAUGUUGCCUAAAUGAAAGUCAAAUAAGUAAAAAAAACUUGA